AUGGCUACCUUCGACCCCUCCAUUCUGCAGUCGAUUCUCAACAAAACCAAAACAGAGUCGUCCGAGAGCGCUAACAUUGUAGAAGUGCCACCGUUCCAGGAAUGGCGGUUUGAAGUUGCUGCCAAAGACAAGCUCAAGCUGAAACUUGUCGACGGAACAGCAGAGAUUUUUGGAACCGAGCUGUCGCCCAACAUCGAGUACGCAUUCCAGGGCUCGAUAAAACUGUGUGUUUUCUCGUAUUCUGGCUGUAAACUGCAUUUUUGGAACUGCCAGCCGUUGUCCGAGUACGUCAGUGAGGAGAGCUGUGUUGGACAAUAUCUAACAUUGCAUUUGGGUCUGGAAAAACAGAGAGUGGUGGAAGGCCCGCGUGUUCUGGUCAUUGGAGGAAAGGACUCGGGAAAAACAGCUCUUUGCCGCACGUUAGCAUCGUACGCAGAAAAACAGGACCACCAACCGAUGCUGGUCAACCUGAACCCCAGGGACUUUCAGUUUGUGAUUCCCGGUAACCUGAGCGCCACUGCAAUUUCCGAUCUUCUGAACGUCGAAAACGUCGCCUUGGGUGAAAGCGUCGCCACAGGCCCCUCUUUCUACCACCAGAAACAACCAUUGGCCAAGACUUUUGGACUGGAAAAGUUUUCAGAUAACGUUAAACUAUACAGGUAUUUAAUCCAGCAGUUGGGGAAGUCUGUGCGCAGACGCCUUGAUAACGACCUCAAGGUGAAAAAAUCAGGCGUGAUAGUUGACACGCCCGCGUUCACAAUCAAAGAGUACGACAUCAUCGAGGAAAUUGUUGCAUCCUUUAAUAUUAAUGUGCUUUUAAUAGUUGGAAGCGAAAGACUGCUGGUCGACUUUAAGAAAAAAAUGCAAAACCCAGCAGUCACGCUGCUGAAACUCAACAAGUCCAGCGGAUGCGUUGACAAGGACGACAAGUAUGAGCGAGAACUACAGCAACGGUCGAUAAAAGAAUACUUUUACGGCAUCGACAGGCUCCAGCUGAGUCCGUACAGCAUCACCGUCAACUUGAAAGAUUUCAUCUUUGUGCGCCCUAAGGAGACGGAACACAACCCUGGCUCAGAUACCUUGAGUAACUCCAUUCUGUCUUUAAUGGACGAUUCGCAGAUCGACACCUUGAAAUAUCUGAAUUCCAACGACGAUGACGAAAACCUGAUCAAGCCAUUACUGGAUAGCAGCUCCUUGGGAUUCUGCUACGUCCAAAAUUGUAACGAUGAAAAAGGGAAGCUAACGUUAUUAGUGCCAUCUCCUGUCCAGCAAUUGCCAACUAGAACGCUCUUGUUGACACAGUUUAGAUACCAUGAAUAG